GUAGUACUAUGUUUGGUGGCGGUCCCUUAUAGAAGAUGAGGAUGAUUGAUUGGGGAGCAGCUCAAACUUCUUAUUAGUUCAAAUAGAAUAAGAAAGAGAGAGAGAGAGAGAGACGACAGAAGAAACAUUACAAUUCCAUUUUCUCUCUACUCAACUAUGGAGCCUACACAACCAAAUGUGAAUAAUUUGAGUUCUCCAUCCUUGGAGAUAUCCAUGCCUAUGGAGUAUCAUAAGGUAGUCCCACCUCCACCUAAGAGUACAUUAGAGAAGCUCAAGAACAGAUUCAAGGAAACCUUUUUCCCUGAUGACCCUCUUCGUCAAUUCAAAGGUCAAUCACUCAAAAGGAAAUGGAUUCUUGGAGCUCAAUACUUCUUCCCCAUUCUUCAAUGGGGUCCUAAUUAUAGUCUCAAGCUCUUCAAAUCUGAUAUUGUCUCUGGUCUUACCAUUGCAAGCUUAGCCAUUCCCCAGGGAAUCAGCUAUGCUAAGCUAGCCAAUCUCCCACCAAUUAUAGGUCUUUAUUCUAGCUUUGUCCCACCUCUCGUGUAUGCUGUGUUUGGGAGCUCAAGGGACCUUGCUGUAGGUCCAGUAUCCAUUGCUUCUCUUAUAUUAGGGUCAAUGCUUAGGCAAGAAGUAUCCCCUACCAAAGAACCUCUCCUGUUUGUUCAGCUGGCCUUCACUUCAACAUUCUUUGCUGGUCUUGUCCAAGCUUCUCUUGGAAUUCUAAGGCUUGGAUUUAUAAUAGAUUUCCUAUCAAAGGCAACCCUUAUUGGAUUCAUGGCAGGUGCUGCAAUAAUAGUCUCUCUGCAACAACUGAAAAGCCUUCUUGGAAUCGUUCAUUUCACCAAACAAAUGGGUUUGGUUCCUGUUUUAAGCUCUAUCUUUCAUACAACACAUGAGUGGUCAUGGCAAACCAUAGUUAUGGGCUUCUGCUUCCUUUUGUUACUUCUUGUGGCGAGACACGUAAGCUUGAAAAAGCCGAAGCUCUUUUGGGUUUCAGCUGGUGCUCCCCUUGCGUCUGUAAUUCUUUCUACUCUGUUGGUUUUUGCAUUCAAAGCUCAAAAUCAUGGCAUCAGCGUAAUAGGGAAGUUACAAGAAGGAGUGAACCCUCCCUCAUGGAACGUGUUAACUUUCCAUGGAAGUCACUUAGGGCUGGUUAUGAAGACAGGCCUCAUCACUGGAAUCAUCUCCCUCACAGAAGGAAUAGCAGUGGGAAGAACUUUUGCUGCACUCAGGAACUACCAAGUGGAUGGAAAUAAGGAAAUGAUUGCAAUGGGAUUGAUGAACAUAGUUGGCUCCUGCACCUCUUGCUAUGUUACAACAGGUGCUUUCUCUCGGUCGGCUGUGAAUCAUAAUGCUGGAGCAAAAACUGCUGUCUCUAACAUAGUAAUGGCAGUGACAGUGGUGGUGACACUCCUCUUCCUCAUGCCUCUGUUCCGCUACACGCCUAAUGUUGUAUUGGGUGCAAUCAUAAUCACCGCAGUCAUUGGCCUAAUUGAUAUCCCCUCAGCUUUUCUCAUAUGGAAGAUUGAUAAAUUUGAUUUCUUAGUGUUGAUAUGUGCAUUCUUGGGUGUCAUCUUCAUCUCUGUUCAGGAUGGACUUUGCAUUGCAGUGGGGAUGUCUCUAUUCAAGAUUCUCCUGCAAAUCACUAGGCCUAAAACAGUGGUGUUAGGAAAUAUUCCUGGAACUGACAUUUAUCGCAAUCUUCACCAUUACAAGGAAGCCAAAAGAAUUCCAGGCUUUCUGAUUCUAAGCGUCGAAGCUCCAAUUAAUUUCGUGAACUCCAACUACCUCAAUGAAAGGAUGUCAAGAUGGUUGGAGGAAUAUGAAGUAGAAGAGGGAGUUGAAAAACAUUCAGAUCUUCAAUUUGUAAUCCUAGACAUGACAGCUGUUAGCGCUAUCGAUACCAGUGGAGUUUCACUAAUAAAGGAUUUGAAGAAGACAAUGAUGAAGCGUGGUCUUGAGCUUGUGUUGGUCAAUCCUGUGGGUGAGGUAAUGGAGAAAUUACAAAAGGCAAAUCAAGCACAAGAUAUAAUGCCGCCAGAUUACCUCUUCUUGACUGUUGGAGAGGCUGUGGCUUCACUGUCAUCCAUGAUGAAGGGAAAGGCAUCAAUUUAAUUUAUGUAUAAAUGAAAGAGAAUUUUACCAUAUUAUUAUCUUCUGCACUAGGGCUAAGAAAUACAAACUACUUGAAAUGUAUCUAGUACUAGUUCUAAGCUUUAAUUCUAACCUCUAUGUUAUUGUAGCAUAAUUUAUUUUUCU